AUUUGCAAGGGGCAUAGCGACAUCAGUGGCACGCCAUGAGCAAAAAAGGCUCCAAGGUUGUGGCAAAGAAGGCUGUGGAAGUUCCAAGUCAAUGCGAUACCUCGCAUUUGGAGUACACAGCGAUGUGUUCCUUUUACGCUAUUGGCAAAUGCUUGCGGGGUGAGAACUGCAAGUUUGCCCACAGCGCUCUACAGAUUCGUCAGAAGCCAGAUCUGACACGAACCAGUCUGUGCCAUGACUUCAUGCGGAAGCGUAGCUGCAAGAAUGGCGACAAUUGCAGGUAUGCCCAUGGCGAGAAAGAGCUACAGCUUCGCCCUCAAAAAGCCAGCAGCCCCAGCCCUGCCAGCCCUGCCAGCCCUGCCAGCCCUGUCAGCCCUGCCAGCCCUGCCAGCCCCAGCCAAAUAGCUGACCCUGAUCGGGUUGACUCGGCCCCAUUGACUUGGGAUCCCAUGGGCUUAUCGGAAGGGAUUGGGUCAAGCCCUUCAACUACCGCAACUUCUGCAACUUGCAUGUUCCCUUUGAUGCAGAAGCUCAUGACGAAGCGACAGCAAAAACAGAGGGAUCAGGCGGAGAUGGUUGGUUCCAAGAGGAAUGCAAUGAAUGCAAUGAGUGCAAUGAGUGCAAUGGGGAGAUUUUCCAUUUCUCCAGAUCUUGCAUGGCCAAAGAGUAUCAACAGCUUGGAGGCGCUGACGCAGGACUUGAAAAGCUGGAAAGGCCUGGCGCCCUUUCCGUCGAAUCUGAGCUCUUUUUUGGAUCCUUGGAAGGUUGUGAUGCACAACGGACGGACUGGCUGUGCUCUGGACUCUGCUCCUGAAACAUUGGAAUUCCCAAUGCACAUCAACACGGACUUUGUGAGGCCUUGGCUGUGCCGCGGCUUGGCACCCACAGUGGAGCCAAAGUUUCAGAAGUGCGCCUUGCGUGCCGGCUCGGACUCGACAUGCUAUCCAGAGAGCGACGAUGAAACCGAUAGCGAUGAGACACCGCACGUCAGGGGUGGUGAUGGAGAUUCAGCUGAAAAACAGCAUUUUUUGGAAGUUUGCUAUUCCUUCCUGGAGUAUGGCACGGAUGCUUUUCACGACUUGGGCCGCAUGCAGGAGAAUGUUCAGUCCUUAGACAAAGAGGAUAUGGCCAUGUGGAAAGUCCCACCAGUCCCUUGGUAUACUGAAAUCCAGCGCCGAGUGCAAGUUAAUCUGGAGUUUCUCAGGAUGUUGCCCAAUCCAGAGGUUUGUGGCGUGGAUCUGGGAAAUGAAGAAGAUGCCUGGCAGCUGGUCAACACUGUCCCUGCGGGCCAUCGUGUGGCCAGCCGAAAUUCGUCCAAGGUGCGGUCGACGCUGCGGCAGUUCGUGCGAGAUUGGGCCAAGGAGGGUCAAGCCGAGCGAAUGGCCAGCUACAACCCGCUGAUCUCAGCGCUGCUGAAGCACUUACCGCCCAAAGGUCAUGGCCGAGCGCCUUCAGUGCUGGUCCCUGGUUGCGGCUUGGCGCGUCUGCCCUUUGAUCUGGUUCGCUUGGGCUAUGCGGCACAGGGCAAUGAGUUUUCCUACCAUAUGCUACUGGGAACCCAUCUGAUCCUCAACCGCAGCGAAAAGGCUGAAUGCUUCAACAUUUUUCCCUUUGCGCUUACACUGGCGAACAGGAAAGGUAGAUGGGAUCAUUUGAGAUGUGUGCAAAUUCCGGAUGUUUGCCCGAUGUUGGCCUUGGAUCCUUCUGCACAGCUGUCCAUGGCGGCUGGUGAGUUUGUCGAGGUCUACAAACAUCAAGAAGCUGCUUGGGAUGCUAUGGCCACCUGCUUCUUCCUGGAUACAGCGAAGAAUGUGUUUCUCUAUAUUCGAACCAUCGCACACAUUGUGCGAAGAGAUGGCUUUUGGACCAACAUCGGGCCUCUGCUUUACCACUAUGCGGAUGUGCCAAAUGAAAUGUCCAUAGAGCUCAGCUGGGAAGAAGUGCGGCCCUACAUCUGUAAGUAUUUCGACAUUCUGGAGGAGGAGUCGAGAGUGGCCAGAUACACUGGCAAUGCUGAAGGAUUAAGCAGCAAUCGCUACAACUGCAUCUUCUUUGUGGCGAAGCGCAAUGGCAAGCCGGCAGAGGGACAUUCAAAUCCGGUCUUCUGAGAGAAGAUUUAGCUCGAUGCUCGGCGACCCGAUCAAAAGCCCAGAAAAUCUGCGUGC